AUGCCUGGGUUCGGACAAGCAAGCAGCCUCGAUGCGUGGAAGGCCCUCGAGCAGCACCAUGCCACCACCGGCCGCCAUAUCUCGCUGAACGAGGAGUUCAAGAAGGACCCCCGGCGGUUUGAGAAGCUCUCUCGCACCUUUAACAACGAGGCAGACAAGUCUGAGACCCUCUUCGACUUCUCCAAGAACCUGGUCACGGACGAGACGCUCGCUCUGCUGGUCAAGCUGGCUCAAGAGGCCGGCGUCGAGAAGCUGCGAGACGACAUGUUCAAUGGAGAGCCCAUCAAUUUCACCGAGAACCGCGCCGUCUACCAUGUUGCUCUUCGGAAUGUGACCAACCAGCCAAUGCAGGUUGGCGGGAAGAGCGUGGUGGAAGGCGUCAAUUCGGUGCUGGAGCACAUGAAGCAGUUCUCAGAGCAAGUCAGGAGCGGAGAGUGGAAGGGAUACACUGGAAAGAAGAUCAAGACCAUCAUCAACAUUGGCAUUGGCGGAUCCGACCUCGGCCCUGUGAUGGUCACGGAGGCGUUGAAGGCCUACGCUGAUCGAAGCCUUGAUAUCCAUUUCGUCUCUAACAUCGACGGAACACACGUAGUCGAGGCACUACGGACUUCGGACCCCGAGACUACGCUCUUCCUCAUCGCCUCCAAGACCUUCACGACGGCAGAGACGACCAUGAACGCUCACACGGCCAAAGACUGGUUCCUCCAGACUGCCAAAGAUGAAGCACAUAUCGCCAAACACUUUGUGGCCCUGUCCACCAACGAGGAAGAAGUGACCAAAUUCGGGAUCGACAAGAAGAACAUGUUCGGCUUCGAGUCCUGGGUUGGUGGCCGAUACUCUGUCUGGAGUGCCAUCGGCCUCUCCGUUGCCCUGUACAUCGGAUACGAUAACUUCCACCAAUUCCUCGCAGGUGCCCAUGCCAUGGACAAGCAUUUCCGCGAGACUCCACUAGAACAGAACAUCCCCGUUCUCGGAGGUUUAUUGAGCGUCUGGUACAGCGACUUCUUUGGCGCCCAGACCCACCUCGUCUCUCCGUUCGACCAGUAUCUGCACCGCUUCCCGGCCUAUCUCCAACAGCUGUCAAUGGAAAGUAACGGAAAGGCGGUCACCCGCGAUGGCGAACAUGCCAAAUACACCACAGGCCCCAUCGUGUUCGGCGAGCCAGCCACCAAUGCCCAGCACAGCUUCUACCAGCUCCUGCACCAGGGCACAAAGCUCAUCCCGACUGACUUUAUCCUCGCAGCUGAAUCCCACAACCCCGUCGAGGGCGGCAAACAUCAGCGCAUGCUGGCAUCCAACUUCCUCGCGCAGUCAGAGGCCCUGAUGGUCGGCAAGUCUCCCAGCCAAGUCAAGGCCGAAGGUGCCCCUGACGAGCUCAUCUCCCACAAGACUUUCCUGGGCAACCGGCCCACGACCUCCAUCUUGGCCCAGAAGAUCACACCGGCAACCUUGGGUGCUCUGAUCGCUUACUACGAACAUGUAACCUUCACCGAGGGCGCGGUGUGGAACAUCAACUCCUUCGACCAGUGGGGUGUCGAGCUUGGAAAGGUCCUUGCUAAGAAUAUACAGAAGGAGCUGGAGACGUCUGGUGCUGGCGGUGACCAUGACGCUUCGACUAGCGGGCUGAUUGCGGCUUUUAAGAAAAAGGCUGCUCUUUUUGAUGACGGCCAACAUGUCACCGAUGUAGCCGGGAAAUUACAAUAUAUACCUUUCUCCGUGUGCAACGAGACCGGCACUCCCCUCGCAUUCCACUACGGUAUCUCCGAGACGAUAACCUGCACCAUAGACUCCUUAUCCGACUCUCUCUACCAUCUCCUAGAAUACUACAUCCACUCCGACGUCCCUCUCGCAUGCCGCAUACCUACCUCCCCACUAGCCGGCUCUCAAUCUAAAUUCACUCCGGGGAAAGAUGACAAGGGUGUCAAGGGUGACGAUGGCGGCCUCUCCUCGACCCCCUUCACCCCCAUGACGAUUGCGUUACAGGGAACACUCCAAUACAGCCACCUACACAUGUGGACUGAUAUGAACGUCCUCUUCCAUCGAUCAACCACCAUACCUUCGAAAGAUGCGAAGCCAUCCAAGCACCGCAUCAAUGGGCAGGUCGUGGCAGGAUCCGCCUAUUCAUUUCCCCUGACGGCCAAGAAGAACAAGGAAGGGAAAGUAGACCGCAUGAUUCCUGUUCCCCUAGACCCGUGGGCGGCGGGGAAAGGCAACAAAAUUGUCCGUGGCGAGCCAUUGACGUUCACGUUCAAAGUUGGAUGGGUGGAUGAGAGUGAUGUCUCGUCGUUCUCCGCACAUCGAUCUGGGGCCUGGGGAUCAUUUAUAUCGAUGAUGUGGCGAGUGGGUAUGUUUGUCAUGGCAGGCAGUGCUGGGGCAAUCAUUGCUAUAUGGUGGGAGCGCACAAUUGGAUCGAGGCGGAAAGGAGCCCGCUGGGAUGGCGAUGGAUUGCUGGGCAGCCUACCGAGCUCGACUCGUGGGUUAUUUGGAUCACGGCGCAUUGGUGAUGCGUCAGGGGGUAUUGGUAGCAGUGCCAGUAUGAAUGGUUAUGGCGGCUAUGGUUUGAAUAGUGCUGGAGGAAGCCAUGGGUAUAACGGCUUCUCCAGCGGGAAGCGAGACUGA